GGUGACGUGUGCAUGAUGUGCUGCGUCGCGGCGGACGGAAGUGGCGCCCGCUGUUUGAAAUCCCGGCUGAGUGCUGGGCUACGGCCGGGUUCGCCCCCGACCCUUUUCGCUCCCCGCGCCGCCAUGUCCACUCCUCCGCUGGCGCCGGGUCCCUUCGGCGGCCCGCAGGCCCAGCAGGCCGCCCGGGAGGUCAACACGGCCACGCUGUGCCGCAUCGGGCAGGAGACUGUGCAGGACAUCGUGUACCGCACCAUGGAGAUCUUCCAGCUGCUCAGGAACAUGCAGCUGCCAAAUGGUGUCACUUACCAUACUGGAACUUACCAAGAUCGGCUAACGAAGCUACAGGACCAUCUCCGCCAGCUUUCUAUUCUCUUCAGGAAGCUAAGAUUGGUCUAUGACAAGUGUAACGAGAACUGUGGAGGAAUGGAUCCCAUUCCAGUAGAGCAACUUAUUCCAUAUGUGGAAGAGGAUGGCUCCAAGAAUGAUGAUCGGGCUGGUCCACCUCGUUUUGCUAGCGAAGAGAGACGAGAAAUUGCGGAAGUAAAUAAAAAACUCAAACAGAAGAAUCAACAGCUGAAGCAAAUUAUGGAUCAAUUACGGAAUCUCAUUUGGGAUAUAAAUGCCAUGCUGGCAAUGAGGAACUGAACUGAUGUUUAAAUUUCCUGCUCUGUUGGCUUUUUUCCCUUUGAAAAAAGAUGAUCUGUUUUUGUUUUAAUGGCUAGCGUUAAAGUUCCUAUUUUUACAUUAAAGUAUUCAAUAGCUUUUUUUUUUAAUGCUGUCGGUUCUAUGAAAGAUUAUUGUAAUAAACUUUGAUAGAGUUUGUGUUUUGGUUAAUCUUCAUGAAUUGAAUAAUUGCCUUUUAAAAGCAAAAUAAAGUUUUGUAAAUAAAUUUUUAAACUUGA